AUGGCAGAGCAAAAGAAGCAGCAAAUGGGAUCUAAAAAAGUGAAUCAACUUCGACCAUCGAAUUUUAGGGUUAAUAUAACUGUAAAGGUUAUUAGUAAAAAGCCAAUUGUACAGAGAAAUUGUCUUGCUGAGUGUUUGGUGGGUGAUGAAACUGGAAUUAUUAUUUUUACUGUCCGCAAUGAUCAAGGGGUAACUGAUUUAAAUGAUUUUGCCGUUUUUCAUUGUUGUCAUAUGUCUGACUUCUGCUGUGUGUAUUACAUGUUGCGUGGAAGUCGAAGAAUGAGUGUAUUGAGAUUUAUUGAGUCUUCGUUGUUCAAAUUGGCAUAUUUUAGACAUGCUGGGUGA